AUGCCCGAACGCUCUAGCAUCGUCCAGAAAUUUGGUACGGGGCGUCGAAAAAAUGCCCCCACCAUCUCACAGUCCAUGCAGCUCCCUGCCCGUUUUAAUUCUGGAGACAACGACGAUGCGAACGAUGAAGAUGUAUGCGUAGCCGGAAAAAAUACACCCUUCAACAUGAACCAAAGCUUUUAUCAAGUCCUUACCGCUGCCACUUCAAAUAUCCGGAUGAGCUCUCGCUUCGACGACGAUUCAGAUGACUCGGACGAUGAUCCAACCACGCCCAAGGCGAUUGAUAAGAAGCUCAGAUCCAAGAUUCCUGGCUUACCACUUGGUCCUAAAAGAGAGUUGACGAAGGAUGUAAUUCAAGAAGAAACUGACGAUGAGGAAGAUGACCCAGUUCCCGCGGAACUGGCCGGAGCUGCUCUACAAAUGGCCAUUCCCACAAACAGUUUACAAGCACAAACGCAGUUAAAUCCACCAGCCUUUGCGGUAAAUAUACAGGACCAAGAGAACGAAACCUAUCACGACUUCGAAGAAAAUGUAACAGCGAAAUCAAGUGGAAAUGGGAAUUUGGAAGAGAAAUUGAUGGAUAUUUUCAAUUUACCGGCGACCGAGAAGGUCAUUUCCGAAUACCCAUGUUGGCUUUUGAAAAGCGUACUCUUACAGGGCUAUAUGUACAUCACCACCCGACAUAUCUGCUUCUAUGCAUAUCUCCCUCGGAAAGAUCAUGUCAUACUAAAAUCGGGUUACCUAUCCAAACGAGGCAAGUCUACUGUUAAAUUUACUAGAUACUGGUUCAUCCUGAAGGGCGAUGUUCUCUCUUAUUACACGAACCCAUCAGACCUAUACUUUCCCAAUGGAAACAUUGAUCUUCGGUAUGGUCUUCAAGCAAGUGUGGUUGAGGCCAAAGAUCCUAAAGAUUCGGUCAUGGUGACGCUUUCUACCAACGAGAGAAAGUAUUACUUCCGUGCGGACUCUUCAGCAAGUGCUAGAGAAUGGGUAAAGUCUCUCCAAAAGGUCAUUUUUAGGUCACACAAUGAGGGAGAUAGUGUGAAAAUUUCAAUCCCAGUAGAAAACGUCAUUGAGGUUGAAGAGAGCCCAGUCUUGGAGUUUGCAGAUACCUUCAAGCUCAAGGUUGUUGAUAAUGAUGAUACAUAUGCUAUCGACGAGUAUUUCUUCUCAUUCUUCAGUUUCGGGAAAGAUGCUUUGAACGUCUUGCGAUCGGCAGUAGAAAACUCUGCAGCAUCGAAGAUCCCCGAUCAUAUGUUUGGAGCACAUUCAGAGCCUCCUUCACCUGGCCUGGGGCCAUUACCGGAUCGUUCAAUAACCCCAACUCUUAAGGAACCAGUACGGGCAACACUUUCCCCACUUUCACCUAAGUCACCAACUAUCAGGAGCCCAAGGUCUAGUCCGAGGCCAAGUGGAGAGUUUACUCGCGGCAGCUUCGAUGUUCAAAGGGCAUCCAAAGAAAUACAGAAAAAAAUGGCAGAGGCCCCCAGACACAGUACCGAUCUGGGCACUAGUUCUUCCCCAGCCCUUCCCUCUGGUUCCGCACAUUCAUAUGCUCAUUCGUUCGGAGAAUCUUCCGAGGGGGUACAAUUAUCGAUGGAUGAUGAAGGAAAAGGAACAGCGAGCAGCAUUCUGGACAAGAGCGAUAUUUUUGACUCACCAACAAUGAAAAAACUUGGUCAUGGACGUUCAGACUCACAGAGCUCAUACAAAUCCCACAGCUCUACCAGUAAAUCAAAAUAUAAAAAAGAUGUUUCAUCAUCUAGGGCAUAUACUGGCUCCCCAAGUCAAUAUGAAUCUGAUGAGCUAAGUGGGAGCUCCAGCAACAACUCAGCAAGACUUCAGGACAUAGCAAAGACCGGAAACUUCCCCUUACAACGUGCCGCUAGUUGGGCGGGUUGGAUGAAGAAGCGGACGCAGGGUGUUGGCGCGCUCUUGGCUACCGAGUCCAUGGGAUAUUUGGAAAAAGUAUCAGACAUGUGGGUUGGUGGAAAGAGACAUUAUAAGCCCAUGGGGAUGAUGGCGCAUGAAGAGGUUGAAGAUGCUGAAGAUGACGACGGGAAUGCUCAAAGUCACGAUGCCAGUUUUAGGGCAAGGUUUGCACUCCCGCCACAGGAAAGACUGAUUGCAGUGUAUUUUGGAUACCUACAUCGUGUUCUACCUUUAUACGGGAAGAUCUAUCUUAGCAAUAGGAGCUUCUGCUUUAGGAGUAUAUUGCCAGGAACAAAGACAAAGAUGAUUCUUCCUCUCAAGGAUAUCGAAAAUGUCAGUAAAGAGAAAGGCUUUAGAUUUGGCUACUCGGGACUUGUUAUUACAAUCCGUGGUCACGAGGAACUAUUUUUUGAGUUUGGUCAACAAGACGCUAGGGAUGACUGUGGGCAAACUCUACGUGCCGGCAUAAACGACGUCCGAGUUCUUGCUGAGAGUGGAAUUUUGACCCGGGAAGAAAAACUAGGAGCACAAAUGGCUAAAACCGAGUAUCAAAUGCUACAAGAUGCGCGCCAAGAUGGUCAUAAUAUUCACGAUAUCCAACUACCACUAUCAACAAAUGACGCUAGUUGUCAAGAUGCUCCACCAAUUGUAUUUGAUGAUCCCCAUGGAUCGAUUAUCAAUUUCAAACCGACCGAAUCGAUGCUCAUUACAUGUCUUACUAUUGGUACCCGCGGUGACGUGCAGCCGUUCAUUGCGCUUUGUAUUGGGCUUAUGAAGGAUGGGCACAGGACAAGGAUUGCGACUCAUGCAGAAUAUGGUGACUGGAUCAGAAGCUACGGAAUUGAUUUCGAGCCUGUAGAGGGGGAUCCAGCGGAGUUGAUGGAAUUAUGUGUUUCGCACGGAAUGUUUACUGUAGACUUUUUACAGGCUGCUACUUCAACGAUGCGUGGAUGGCUAGAUGGCUUGCUCUUAAGCUCGUGGAAGGCUUGCCAGGGUUCUAAUCUGUUGAUUGAAAGUCCCAGUGCGAUGGCAGGUAUUCAUAUUGCAGAGGCCCUUGGUAUACCAUAUUUCAGGGCGUUCACUAUGCCUUGGACACGUACCAGGGCAUAUCCUCAUGCUUUUGCUGUUCCAGAGCAUAAAAUGGGUGGUGCUUAUAACUACUUCACCUAUGUUCUUUUUGAUAACGUUUUCUGGAAAGCUACCGCCGGCCAAAUCAACAGAUGGCGGAAAAAGACCCUUGGACUUACCAGAACUAGCCUUGAUAAACUACAGCCAAAUAAAGUACCAUUUCUUUAUAAUUUCAGCCCUUCGGUAGUCAUUCCGCCGCUCGACUAUAGCGACUGGAUCCGUGUGACUGGAUAUUGGUUCCUGGAUUCACCAAGUGACUAUAUCCCCCCUAAGGAGUUAACAGACUUUAUUACAAGAGCCCGAAAGGAUGGUAAAAAGCUUGUUUAUGUUGGUUUCGGCUCUAUUACGGUAGCCGAUCCAGAUGCCAUGACUCGUACCGUUGUCGAAUCAAUUCUCAAGGCCGAUGUACGUUGCAUUCUAUCGAAGGGUUGGUCCGAUAGGCUCCAAAAGAAAGAUGCUCAGAUGCCUGAAAUUUCUCUACCCUCUGAGAUCCACCAGAUCCAGUCUGCACCACACGAUUGGCUGUUCAAGCAAAUCGAUGCAGCAGUUCACCAUGGUGGUGCUGGAACCACUGGGGCAAGUCUGAGGGCAGGAAUCCCGACGGUUGUGAAACCGUUCUUUGGAGACCAGUACUUCUUUGGACAGCGUGUUGAAGAUAUGGGGGUUGGGAUAUGCGUGAAGAAGUUGAACGUCCAGGCUUUUAGUAGAGCUCUGUGGGAAUGCACCAACAAUGAGGUGAUGAUUACGAAAGCCGAUAUGCUGGGAAAACAAAUCCGCUCGGAAAACGGAGUGGAGACGGCUAUCCAGGCUAUCUACCGUGACAUGGAGUAUGCACGGACACUAAUCAAGAAACAACAUGGCGACCCGCAUGAAAUAGAUUCCGAGGAAUCAUGGACUUUUGUCGAUGAUCCUGAUGCCCAACUCGGGAAGUUGACUCGAUAG